AUGGCAAGAGAAAGUUUUGAAAAUUACCCUGGUAAUGUUGAGACAUCACCUGUCUUAUCUGCACCAGGAUCUGUAGCAGGACCAGGUUCAGUACAAGGACCAGGAUCUGUCCAGGGGCCAGGAUCAGUACAACCUCCAGGUUCUGUACAUGGACCAGGCUCUGUUCAUGGUCCAGGUUCAGUACAUGGCCCUGGGUCUGUUCAUGGGCCAGGCUCUGUUCAUGGACCUGGCUCUGUGCAACCUCCUGGAUCAGUUCAUGGUCCCAACUCGGUA